AUGUUAGCUAAAAAGGAUGGUAAAGUGGAUUCUGUGGAUGCCAAUCAAGAUUUUGUAGAAUUUGAUUGCGAAGACAUGUUGCGCCAUAUGGAUCCAGAAAUGUUGAGUUCUAUGGGAUCACAGAAGAAAGAUCUACCUAAAUUGGAGGGUUUGGAAAGUGCCUCAAAAGAACCUUUAUAUGAUGAAUCAAAGGGCUGUGACAAAGAGUUUACUACACUACGUACAGUUCUUGAACUUCUUAAGUUGAAGGCUAGCGCCGGAUGGUCUGAUAGUAGCUUCACAGAUCUUUUAAAAUUUCUGUCCCAACUCCUACCAAAACCCAACAAACUACCAACCAGCACUUAUAAAGCGAAGAAGCUUAUAUCUCCCAUAGCUCUGGGUGUGCAAAAAAUUCAUGCAUGUCCGAACCAUUGUAUUCUGUAUCGUGGUGAGUUUGAGAACGCAACAAGAUGCCCAGUUUGCAAUGUCAGUCGAUACAAGAAGAGCUACAAUCAAGAGUGUGUGAGCAAAAUCGCGAAGAUAAAUAGAAACAAGAAAGCCGCUAUCGGACCUGAAAUUGAUGAUGACACUCUUGAUGACAUGGAUGGCAACAGGAGGUCAAAGAUCCCAGCUUUGGUGAUGUGGUAUCUUCCAGUAAUUGAUCGCUUGAAGCGUUUGUUCUCGAACCCUAGGGAGGCUGAGCUUAUGCGCUGGCAUGCUGAAAGUCGCAAGCAGAAUAACAAACAGAUUCGACACCCUGCUGAUGCAUCACAGUGGAAAACUUUUGAUCAUAUGUAUCCUGAGUUUGCCAAAGAAAUCAGAAAUGUAAGAUUUGCUUUGGGUACAGACGGAAUGAAUCCAUUUGGUGAAAAAAGAAGUAUACAUAGCACCUGGCCCGUGACUCUGACGAUGUACAAUCUUCCGUCAUGGUUGUGUCACAAAAGGAAGUACAUUAUGUUGACUAUUCUUAUUCAAGGUCCGAAAGCAGCUGGUGUUGAUAUUGAUGUGUUCCUGGAACCUCUUAUGGAAGAUAUGGCGAAGCUCUGGAAUGAAGGAGUUCGAAUAUGGGAUGAGUAUCGCCAGGAGUAUUUCAACCUAAGAGCAAUUAUAUUUGUUACCAUCCAUGAUUCUCCCGGGGGCGCCACACUUUCAGGGCAAAAGACCAAAGGAAAGAAUGGUUGUGUAGUGUGCGUGGAUGGAACUGCUUCCUUAUACCUUAAAUCAUCCAAGAAGUUGGUGUUCAUGGGACACAGACGGUUCUUGAUGAAGCAGCAUAAGUACCGAAAGAUGAAAGAGGAAUUUAACAAUGAACUGGAAAGUGAAGGUGCACCGAAGCCUUAUAGCGGGAAACUCAUUUUUGAAAUUGUAAAAAACAUUCAGGUUGUAUUCGGAAAGGGGAAAAAAAAUAAAGGAGAAAAGAGAAAGAGAACUGACCCUUCAACUGACACAACUUUCAAGAAGCAAUCGAUUUUUUUCAAGUACCUCCCAUACUGGAAGGAUAUGGAAAUUUGCCACAGCAUUGAUUUGAUGCAUGUAACAAAGAAUGUUUUUGAUAGCAUCAUUGGAACCUUACUGGGCAUGCCGAGUAAGACAAAGGAUGGACUUAAGUCACGCCAGGACCUAGUAGAUCUUCAAAUCAGAUCGGAACUUCAUCCAGUGGAUAGUGGCAAAGGGAAGCCUUACCUUCCCCCAGCUAGCUACAACUUGACAGUUGAGGAGAAAACAAAAAUUUGCAAAUGUUUGCGUGGGAUCAAAGUGCCCACAGGUUUCUCAUCCAAUAUCAGCAAACUAGUUAGGAUGAAGGACUUGUCUCUAUUUGGUUACAACUCUCAUGACUGCCAUAUGAUGAUGACGGUGUUCCUCCCAAUUGCGGUAAGAGCCCUCGAAACAGAGCAUGUCAAAGUUGUCAUCACACGUUUGUGUUACUUUUUCAAUGCAGUGUCACAAAAAGUAAUAGCUUUAGAAGACUUGGACUAUCUGAAGGCAUACAUCAUCGAGACUAUGUGCAAGCUUGAAAUGUGUUUUCCUCCAUCAUUUUUUGAUAUGCAAGUACACCUUAUCAUACAUCUCGUGGAUCAGAUAAAAAUAUUAGGGCCACUAUAUUUACAUCAUAUGUUUCAGUUGGAGCGGUACUUGGCAGUGUUAAAAGGUUAUGUGCGAAAUCGCGCUCACCCAGAGGGUUCAAUCAUGGAGGGAUACACUACAGAAGAAGUGAUUGAGAGCUGUAUAGAUUACAUCAGAGAUGGAACAAUGAUAGGUGUGCCUGUACCUAAACAUGAGGGUAAACUAUGUGGGAGAGGGAGAAUGGGCAGGAAAACUUUCCGCGUCGAGGAUUACAAGAUAGUACAUUGUGCUCAUGGUAGUGUACUACAACAUCUCGCGAUAGCCGAGCCUUACAUUGAGGAACACCUAGAUGAGCUUCGUAAAGAAAAUCAGAACCGCACAGAGGACUGGAUCAUGAGGGAGCACAAACAUCGUUUUAGCGAAUGGUUAAUGGACAAAAACAUCCCAUCCGGAGACUCUUUGGAAGAGAAAACAAUGAGGAAUUUGGCUUCUGGACCAUCGUGUUUAGUGACAUCAUGGCAAGCAUAUGACAUCAAUGGGUACACAUUCCACACUAAAUCAAAAGACAUGAAAAGUGUUGUGCAAAAUAGCGGUGUUCGUAUUGAUGCUUUUGACCUACAGGGACAGAAGACCACAUAUUUUGGAUUCAUAGAGGAAAUAUGGGAACUUGAUUAUGGUCCGAGCUUGAAAAUACCCUUAUUUAGGUGCCAAUGGGUACAACAUCCCGGGGGGGUGACAGUGGACAACUACGGACUCACACUGGUAGACUUAAAGAAAGUAGGAUAUAAAGAUGACCCGUGGGUUCUCGCCGAAUGUGUUGCACAAGUGUUCUAUGUACUCGAUCCAUCAAAUGAGAAGUGCCAUGUAGUUAUUUCUGGAAAGCAAAAAAUUGUUGGAGUUGAGAAUGUGGGAGACGGAGAUGAGGAAUACAAUAAGUAUGAAGAGAUGUCCGUCUUUAAUGGUCCUGAGAGAAUCAAGCGUGUGGAAAAGAAAAUUGAUAAGAACUUGAAGCCAUACAUGCGGAAAAAUGGUAGUUCAUGA